AUGUAUAGCUCAUGCAGAUAGGAUAUUAAAUCUUCGAAUCAGGAUGGCAGAGAGUCUUUUCUCAAUAAAAAUGUGAAAAGUCUCUACGUUACCGAAAGCUCUAGGCAAAGUAACUUAAAACACAGGAUGAUCAGUUUCCUAACGAGAUAAGCAACAAAGGACUUUCAAUCGAAGCUCAUCUACAAAAACCUGGCCACCAAGAACAAAUAUGUCAAAAUGUUUAUAGAUCGAUUGUUAGCUCGGAAAUUUUUUCAAAUCCAUUUUAAAGAAUACCAUUACAGAAUAUUGAACGAAAAAUACUCAGCCAUGAUACAAAGUGUGGAUGAGAACAAUAAAGUGCUUAAAAAGCAUUUAAGUAAUUAUUGUCAUCCAAUAUAUUCAUGGAUUGCAAAGAAAAUAAAUAAAAUUCCAUUAAUAUAUCCUUAAAGCUUAUACAAAACUAUAUGGGAUGUCUUAGCCACAAUCGCAAGACUCUAUUUUUUAUACAUGAUUCCAGUUGACAUCUGUUGGACUCAAGAAUAAUUAUUAUUUGGCAAUUAUUUCAUAAGCACUUUGAUAAUGAUAAUUAUAUUAUUGGUGGAUCUAUUUAUAAGUUUGAACACUGUAUUUUAUGAAGCUGGCUAAAUUGUUACUAAAAGAAUUUAAAUAAUUAAAAACGUAUUAUGGUAGUCGUUUGGUUUGGAGUGGAUAUCAACUUUUAUAGUUUUUAUACUGUUCAUCUAUUCCGCCUCAACGGAUACUAAAGUAGACAUCAAUCAAAAUCCCUAUUACCUAAUUCUAUUACUAUUUUUAUCACAUUAUAAGAAUGUUCAGAACAAAGGAAAAUAAUAUGAAAUGGCUCUAAACUUCACCAGACAGGCUUCGUCGAUAUUAUAACUAUUCAAAUUUACAUUGUUAAUAUUUUAUGUGAUCCACAUUUUCGGGUGUCUUUGGUUUUGGGGAGGUCAAUUUAGUGAACUAUAUAGAGAUGAUAGUUGGAUAGAUGAUCGAAAUCUGUUGGAUAAGUCGUGGAAUAUUCAGUAUUUGUCAUCAUUUUACUAUGCAUGUGUCACUAUGUUUACAGUUGGUUAUGGAGAUAUCACACCAAAAAGUGACGAGGAACGAAUUAUAGCAAUAUUGCUAAUUAUGGUGUCCAGUGUUCAAUUGCCAUACUCUAUUAAUACAGUCGGAAAUGUAAUUUCAGAAAUCACCUCGUAAACAGAAUUAUAAAAAAAGAAUAUAAGAAUCAUUAAUACUUAUUUACACAAAAAAAGAAUUCCAUAUGCAUUCCAAGAAUAAAUUCGAUAGUAUUUGAAACAAUAUUGGAUGUAACAGCAAGAAGAGGAAACUAUGGAAGAAAAAGCCAUCAUAAAUCAAUUGUCAGAAAAACUACAAGAACAAUUAAUGUGGUAGGUCAACACACAAGUUAUUAGAGAAAUGCCCUUCUUUUCUUAAUUUAGUAGACCAUUUUAAAAAGCUUUAUCAAAACGAAUAAGUGUUGUUGAUUUAUUGCCAGAAAAUGAAUUUCGUAAAGAAUUAGAUUAAUUUGUAUGUUAUGUUGAAAAAGGGGAAAUUUCGGUAUGUACUGAGGGAUAAAAUAAAAUUCAAAUCAAGUAAGUUAUGGUAGGGGAAACUUUUGGACUUAAAAGCUUUGUUUUAGGAAUACCCACUAAUGAAAUCUAUAAGAGUGUUGGCUUUUCGAAAUUACUAAUGAUUUGUAGAUAUGAUUUUAUGCAACUUCUUAAAGAAUUUCCAAGAGAUUUCGAACUCUAUUGCAAAACAAGAGAUGGAAUACAAUUUUCGGAAAUUGUUUGGGAUGAAUAAUGUUUAUCAUGUCAAUCACCUUCACAUUCAAUUAUUAACUGUCCUAUGUUGCAUUAUAUACCAUAAAAAGAUCUUAUCAUUAAAAGAUAUUAAUUCAAUCACAAAUAAAGGAGAACCAAAUUUACAAGAAAAACCAGAAAGUGUAAUAAUACUUUAGAUCUAGAAAUUUUGAAGAAGAUUUAAAAUGAAUAUUACAAGAAAUAUCAUUUUGACUUUUAAGAAAAACCAUAAAGCGAAGAUAAAACUCUUAUUUAAAUCCCUAAAAUUAUCAUAUAGCAUUCCUCACCUGCAGCACCGUCUCGAAAAAACUCUUAAAUGAAUAUUAAUGAUCCGUUUAAUUUCAAUUAAGUGCAAGGCUUAAAGCAUUCAAUAAGUAUAAUAGGAAGACCUUAAAAUCCAAUCGAUUAUGUGAGAUAAAAUAACCAGUAGAUUAUUAAUUAUGAUCCUGAAUAAGAUAACAUAAUUAACGAUGCAAUUGAAGAUUAAUUGAAAUAAAGAUACUAUUAAUUAAAGAAUUAUAAGAAUCUGCCUCCAAAAGACAGAGAGGCAAUAUCAUUUUUGAUCAUGAAAUACAAAAAUUUCAAAAAGUUUGAGAAAAAAGAGUUGAAAAAUUUUGAGUAAAAGAAAUCAUAUACAGAUUACUAUCCAGAACAUAAUGAUGAUAAAAUGAUAUAUGUAGCAAAUUUAAGAAGUAGGGACGACAUAAUUUCUAAAUUUAUGCCCUAUUUGCUCUUCCCGAAUGUUUAUUUCUAAAAAUUUUAAAAGAAAUUAUUUUGA